GGAAACAAUGCAAACCCCGACCAGUCGUACUCCCAUCCCCAUCCCGUACAACCACCCAGUCUCGCCCCAGCGAUGUCUGUUCCGCCACAUCCCUACCCUCAUCCCCACCAGCCCCAUCCUGCCGGAUAUCCGCAGCAACAUGACCCGAAUGCCUCGUUCCAUCUUCGGGCAGCAAACUGGGAUCACGUCAAUGAAGACCAGUCCGGUUCUAAGCGCAGACUCGACAAUCCUCCUCGCCCGUAUCCGCUACAUCCACAAAUGUAUCAUGAUGUGACUGGUGCUGGCGAUCAUGCGCACAGGCAGGCUCGGGCCAGGAUGCCAGAAGCUCCGGGUUAUCCCAUGCACAGCGGUGUCUGGCCCUCUCAUACCGAAGUAGCUGCUAUGCCGUAUGGCUCUCCUGUAGUAGCGCCCAUGUACUCAGAUGAGCGGACAGCGCUCUCAGGUGACUAUCCCCUAAAUCCAUAUAACCAUACAUUUCACGAACAACAAGGACCUUCAAUGCAUUCACAAACCCCCAAUGCUUCUGUGCAGGUUGCUGAAAGAGCCUCUGUUCGUUUAGCAGCUCGGGGUUCUAUAAUGGAUGGACCUGCCGGUCAAAAUAUGCAAUCAAAUCAGCCUCGGUUUGCUGUGCCAACAUUUUACUCCCCUCAGCCUAUUCCUGCCUUUUUUUACCCGGCCCCCGCAGUUUCGGCGCCUCAGAAGCGCCCUUCAACCGAGGUGGAAGAUCCUCCGCCACAGAAAGGGAAGAAAUCUAGAAAGAAGGCCACAACUGAUGGGACAGGUACUUCAAAGCGAGGCUACAAUGCCAAAAAGCGCAGUGAGGCGGCACAGAUUGCGGCACAGAAUGCCCAACUUGUACCAAAUGUUUCUUAUGCCCCUGUUUCGCAAGAUAAAGGCAAAGAGAGGGCCGGUGAAGCUUCUAUGCGGAUAAUUAACACAGGCAAUCAGCCAGAAGGCAGCGAACCCACGUCUCAAUUUCAACCAGAGUUACAGUUUGCUCGAUGUAUGUCAAACCGCUACCGGUCAGAACAGUUUCCCCGUUGUGUUUCCUGCACUCGGCGCUGGGCUGGCGAUACAUGUCGGUUUCAGGGAAUCCGUUAUUUUCUGAAGGACAGCUCCAGAAACAUUGUCGGCAUUAGUUUUGUCGAAAACCAGAAACCAGAUAUGCCUAAUAUGAACUUCCCGGUGAAGUGGAACUCUCCCUUAGAAAAGCAACACAUCUGGCGGACCAAGAGGACUAUUGCCGAAGCUCUUCUCCCUAUCCUUCGUCAAGAACUGCAACACCUUGCCUACCCCGAAAUUAUCCGACGCACCCGUGAGAGUGAAGUCAGGGCUACCUGUGACACAUGUAUGACGUCCAUCUUCUCGAGCAGCUGGAUGUGUCGACUGUGCGGAAGAGAGGCUUGUGCCGAAUGUUUUGCUCAAGUCAGAGAACUCACGGAAGAUCGGCCCGGAGCUACCCAACAGGAAAUUGCAGCGCUGCAACACCGAAGAGAAAGACACGCCCAUCACAAUCCCUUUUUCCUGUCAUGCACUCGACGAAAUGAGCACCAUGCCAAGGACUUUUCUCCCAUGUCGAGAUUUCACAAGGAAGAGCUGGCCGAUGCCAUCGACCGAAUGGAGGCGAUACUGAAAGAGCCCGACGUUGACGCCCUACCAUCGGAUAACACCGUGGAUGCAUCGCUCGAGGAACCUAGUCAAACUUUGACAGAAGAAGGGACCCUCCCCUCGACUUCGAACUCUCCUAACGACAAACCAUUAGACAUCCCCUCACUUCCAGAAACCUCGAAUGGGCCUCUCCCUCCUCCGGAGCAACCUAUUGCUGUGCCUAGCAAUCUCGCAGAAACCGUUCAAGCUCCCGAGACAGGCCCCGAAGAAAGCGAUUCUGACCUGCCUUCACAUCAAACUAUCACGCUGACUGAUGCUGAGCUCACGGAGGAAAGGUUCCGAUCGCUAUGGUCCGAGGGACACCCUCUCGUUGUCACUGGGCUCUUGCCCAAGUUCAAGCUUUCAUGGGAUCCCGAUUAUUUCGUCCACAAGUACGGCUCACAAAGUUGCCUCAUUCUCGAAUGCCAAACCGACGUAAACAAACGUAUAACCGUGGGCGAGUUUUUCUCUCAGUUUGGCAAGUACGAGGGCCGGACGGAGUGUUGGAAACUGAAGGAUUGGCCUCCGUCCACGGAUUUCAAAAGCGCCUUUCCGGAGCUAUUCGAGGACUUCAGCAACGCAGUUCCCGUACCAAAUUAUGUUAGACGAGACGGUACUCUCAACAUAGCAUCGCAUUUUCCCUCCAACACUGUGGCCCCUGAUCUCGGUCCGAAAAUGUACAAUGCCAUGGCCUCAUUUCAGGCAUUAGGAAGCAAAGGCUCGACAAGACUCCACAUGGACAUGGCUGACGCUGUGAAUAUCAUGACUUACGCAGCAGCCACUCCAGAUGGCAAACCAGGUUGCGCUGCGUGGGAUUUGUUCCAGGCUUCGGACGCCGAGCAACUUAGGAAAUUCUUGCGCAACAGAUAUAACGGUUCAUAUCAGCACGAUCCCAUCCAUUCACAGCAGUUCUAUCUGGAUCGGCACUUGCGACAGGAACUGCAUGAAAAAUAUGGAGUAAAAAGUCACAGGAUAUAUCAGAGACCUGGCGAAGCUGUUUUCAUUCCCGCUGGUUGUGCUCAUCAAGUAUGCAAUUUGUCCGACUGUAUCAAAGUUGCCAUCGACUUUGUCAGCUCAGAGAAUAUUGCCCGAUGCGAAAAGUUGACAACCGAAUUCAGGGAGCAGAACCAGUCGAUGGCAUGGAAAGAGGAUGUGCUACAACUACGGACGAUGAUGUGGUUUGCAUGGUUAUCGUGCUGUAGGCAGGAAGAGGAGAGGAAGGGGAUGAAUGAUCGAAGUUCCUGAUUAGUACUUACAUCUAUAUUAUAGGUAGAUUCAUGGAGACGUACUUACAUCUGGUCAUUUGUACGGAUACUACUUUAACAACCGGACGUAUCAUUAUUGCAAUCACUGUAUAGCAUGUUCUGCUGAUGUAUGUGCCAAGGCUAGCUCGCGAGACACUAUAUAACUUCCAUGUCAAAUUUCGCAUUUGGCGGGCGACACAAAUUUGUAAAC